UAACUUAAACGCCCCCUGAAGUGCAGUAUUACACGAGCCUAGGGUAAACUCCACUAGCCCUUGGGACCGUUCGGGAAAUAAGCGUCAUAUUAUUUUACUUGGCAACAGGUUUUACGUGAGUCUGGGGAUUUUUCAAGUCUUGCAGACUGCCGGAAAGGAUUGCAGGAAGUUUCUGCCGAGAAGCGGCGCAGGCUUGGAGAGUCCAUUGCUGCUUAGAGCGAGCGGUGUGCGGGAGCUCGGGCUGAGCCCCGGCUGCCGAAACGCGUCCGAGCAAGACGCACCUACGGAAUGAUUCGUUACUGACACUGACAUACAGCCAAGAAAUGAAGCCCACGGUCAAGAGGCGUCCUGUGUAAAUCCUGGAAAGCCAUCUGAGUUAGGAGCUGGUCAUUUUUUGAGAGUGUGAUGGAGACUGACGGUCCCGGUACGGCAGAUCCGAGCUCACUGCCUCUUCAUCCUGACCUCUCUGCACUGAAGUCUUGCACUGCAACACAGACCCCGACCAGGGUGGCUGUGAACGGCUGUAAUCCGCCCCCCCAAUGUCAGCCCGCAGGGGGGCAUUCCCCCACGUGUGGCCCCCAAAAGGUCCCAGAACUGUCUACCACCAAACUGUGCGGAUACUUGGACAAGCAAGGUGGCCCCCUGAAGAGCUGGAAGAGCCGCUGGUUCUGUUACGACGAGAAGCAGUGCCAGCUGCUGUACUACACCACUGCACAGGAUGUCGCCCCUCUGGGAAAGAUCGAGCUGGCAAAUGCAGUGUUUGGAUACCCAGCCCAUGCUGAGGAGGCUGCCUUCCACGUCCAGACUCCGGAACGCACUGUCGUCCUCAAGGCCUUCAACAGGGAUGCCAUGAUUUACUGGCUGCAACAGCUGCAGCUGAGGCGAUGGCAUCAUGGGCAUGUGGCAGAGUCUGCGCAGGCUGGCGGGGGCACCAACAUGAGAGGCGGGCAGGAGUACUGGAGCGGCGAUGAUGACUUCCUGCCCAUCGUGAAGACCCCUCCCGGAUUGGUGGGACAGGAAGCCGCCUGUUUCCCUGCACCACGGCAACAGUCGAACUUGAGUGUCAUUUCCUUCAAGCACCCGCUGACUCAGAUUCAGAAUUCCAUGCACUGCAUUCUGCAGAAACGCCAUUCCCCGGAAACGAACAAGAGCAUCUUUUACAGUCCCUCCGAUUCCAGGUCUCCUGUGCAGGAGAAUCAGGACCUUUCUGGCCAAGACGAGCAUCCAGGAGAAUCUCCUUCCCACUCCUCCCCGUCCUCCUCCCCAGCCCCCACCCCACCCAGCAGAAAGAAAAGCAUCUCUGGCGCUCUGCCCGAAGAUAAGGAGGCCCACAACCAGGAGGUCCACUCAGAUAAGGAGAAACAUCCAAAGGAGCCACCAGAAGAUUGUGAGCGCACAGCGGGCUCAGCACCAAGCGGCACAGAGGAGCAGCCCGAUGUGUCAUGUCCCCUGAAGUGUGACGGCCCGGAGUUGGGCAGCCAGCUGCUGGGCAUGCGUGACGAGCUGACCCUUCUCCAGCUGCGGCUAGCCCAGCGCGACACCCACGUGGCCGAGCUGCAGGAGCACCUGAAGCUGAUGGUGGAGAAGAACCAGGCCAAGCAGGAGGUGGUGCUCAAGCUGUCCGAGCAGGUGGCCGAGUGCAUGGCGGAUCCCCAGCGCACCAUAACUAACAGCUUUUGCACUCAGGGCUUCCUUCGGCUCCAGGCGGAGAUGGAGCAUCUCCGGGAUGAUGUAGAGGCUUAUAAAAUGCAGAACAAGUUCCUGAACUCUGAGAUUCACCAGCUGACCAGAUUGUGGCAGAACAGCUCGGAGCAACAGAAGAUCCUGAUGAAGAGGUGUGCCUAUCUAGAGGGAAAGAGCUGUCAGACGGAAAGCCGCUACCUGAACUUGCUGCACAAGCUACAGGAGAACAAGGGGUUUGGUAGCGUACAGACGGAAGUGAUGAACCGGCUGAUCAAGGAGGCGCUGAAGGACAUGAAGGACACUCCCAAAUUCACCCCUGUCCGUACGAGUACGAGCCAGUACGAUGAAUACGGCUUCAAGCUCCCCCCAGAUCUUGGCACAGAAGAUGUGAAUCUCCUGAUCAAGAUCCAGUCCCAGGACAUUCGCUCGCUCAACCCUCUUCAGCAGGAAGCCAUGGAUAAGCACCGGCUGAGCCAAUGGGCCCAGUUCCUGGGUGGACGUCCUUCUGACGAACUUGUGGCCUCCAUGGAACUCAAGACCCUUCUGAGAGGAGGCGUUCCUAGCAAGCAUCGAGCGAACGUGUGGCGCUGGAUAGUGUGGACCCGCACGUGCCAGGUCCGGGAACGGCACCCGCAGAAGUACCAGGAGCUGUGUAGCAAGAGCCAGACGUUGCAGCACCCAGCCUCCCGGCAGAUCCAGCUGGACCUGCCCCGCACGCUCACCAGCAACCAGCACUUCUCCUCGCCCUCCAGCUCCUGCGUGCAGCAGCUUCACCGCAUUCUGCUCGCUUUCUCCUGGUAUAACCCCAGCAUUGGCUACUGCCAGGGACUCAACAGACUGGCAGCCAUCGCUCUUCUGGUGCUAAAGGAUGAGGAAAAUGCCUUCUGGUGCCUGGUGGCCGUGGUGGAGAACAUCAUGCCGCAGGAUUACUACAGUAAAGCCCUCAUUGCCUCCCAGGCAGACCAGCGGGUUCUGAAGGAUAUCAUGAUGGAGAAGAUGCCCCGGCUUAUGGCCCACCUGGAAGAGCACAGUGUGGACUUGACAUGUAUCACCUUCAACUGGUUCCUGGUGGUCUUCGUGGAGAGUUUAACCAGCAAAAUAUUGUUGCGCAUCUGGGAUGCCUUCCUGUACGAGAGCACCAAGGUGAUAUUUCGGUACGCGCUGGCCAUCUUCAGGUAUAAAGAGGAGGAGAUCCUAAAGAUCUGUAACUCCGCACAAAUCUAUCAGUAUCUCCAGUUCUUCACCAAAACCAUCUCUGAUGGCAGGAAGCUGAACAACAUCGCGUUCGUGGAGAUGAACCCGUUUCCCAUGAAGCUGCUCCGGAAUCGACGCGCCUAUCAUUUGGAGCGGCUGAAGGCCGAGCUCGGGGAGCUGGAGCGCAUUCAGAGAGAGUUCCUCACCGAGAGCACGGAGCACAAGGACCGGGACCUGGACCCUGCUGUCGGCGAGGACGAGGAGGACCUGUGAGGCUGAACCUAGGCUUCGCCUCCCUGGGGAGGUGCUUCAGGCGUGUCCUACUGGGAGGAGACCCUGGGCCAGACCGAGGACAUGCUGGAGAGAUUCUCUCUCUCAGCUGGCCUGGGAACACAUUGGUAUCGCUCUAGAGGAGCUGGCAUCUCUGCUCAGACUACUGACCCCACAACCUGGACUGGAUGAGCAGUACAGAAGGGAUAGGUGGAAACGAGGCCUGCAUGAUGCGCAUUAAUAUCAAUAUCGCCAAAGACAGCGAUAGUCUGGGUUGACCAUCCAGAAGUUAUGCUAAAACAUUUUACUCUGUCAUAGGAAUCAAACUUAGCAAGCUUCGCUUUUCAGUGAGUGUUCCUUUGAGAUUAUCUAUACACACACACAAAUAAAUAAGAAGAAGAAAAAAAAAAAAAACGAAUAAAAUGCACUCUUGGAACCAAUCACGAUCAUUUCCAUCUACGUUGUAGGACUCACUAAUUGUCCGUGUUGCACAUUAGUGAGAAUUAGUGAGAACUGAUCACUGAAAGACAUUUGUCUUCCACUGCAUGAAAACGUUUUGGAUUCCAGACAAUACCGAAGGAGAAGCUAGUGAUGUGUCACCACAACUCAGGACACCACCACUAACUUAUCUACUGCAAGUUCUGUUUGGCUGUAGUUUAUUUUGGGUGAAUUUUCAACUCCUUUUCCGUCUUAUAAAUAUUGCAAUAAUUGUCGCAAAAAUAAUCAAAACCAAAUACUGAUAGAAAACGGGAGCCUGUUUACUCUUAAAGUAUUAAAACUGAGGAUGAAAGGCAUUUACAGUGAGCCCUUUCCAACAGCUACACAAUUAAUGGAGAUUUAUGAUAUAUACACUUAUAAAUACCCCAGCUGUAUGGUCACACAACAGCUCAGGAUGCAACAGUACUCGUGUUUUACAUUUGUUACUUGGGCAGUAAAAGUUGGACUCUAAAAAUAACAUACCUCGUAAACCACCAAAGCCACUUAAAAAUAAAUAAUUAAAGGAAAUAAGAUGCAGCAGGUAAAAGGGAGAACAUCCUUUUCUGAAAGCAUGCCAUGAAGGGCAGAAUCUGGAUUUGUUAUAAACGAUGCCUGUUAGCGGCGAUGGACACGUGCUGCUCGGCCCAGUGCUCUCCCAGUCGGCCG